AGAGCUGAAAUUUAUUAUUUACCGAAUUUUACGAUAAGAAAUUUCAUCCAGAAUUUCUUGGUUGUUUCUGCUCGUUCAAAAGUGACACUAUCAUUGGUUUGUUAACCUUAAAUCAACUCCGAACGUUAUGGACGCCAUGUCCGAUUCGACGACUGUGUUGCCGUCUGCGGAGGAUGCUGAUGAUCAGGGAAUCGGAGAAGAAGCACAAGCGCGCACCUGCGUUUCGCCAACCGACGCCACCGUCGACCGAGCAUCUCACAGCGAUUAUGGCUCCUCGUCAGCCAAAUCAUCCCCUGACACCAAAUCAUUCCCCCAUUUGAACAAAAAGCCCCAACAGACUGUUAUCGAAGAGGGGAAACUGUUGGGACAAAACCGGAGGUCGGCGAAGCACGUCAAAAAUGUCUCGGCAGAUAUGGAACAGAACUUGUGUGACGCGUUGAAGAGACCCGACUACAAUGCGAAAAGACUGAACAUCAGCAUCCCACACAAGAUCAUCGUGCGGGCCUCCAAGACGGCCGACCACGUGCUGGUCAUGGGCACUGUUAGUUUCAUGAUGGAUCCGCUGCCAUGUCCCUACGCCGGACAGGAGGCGGCCUGCCAAGAAUUCCGCGCCUGCGAGCCGCGCUUGCUGAAGGCGCAUCUGCAGUGCAAGCACGACCUGCGCAACGUCAUAUUGAACUUUGUGUGUCCCUGUCCGGGUCGAUUCAACGGCAGGCAGGGCUGCCCGGUGGUGCGCUUCGAUCCCGGCGACAUGUACAUGCGCAAGCACCUGCUGGAGGACCACCGGAAGUACUACACUGCGGUGCGUGCAGCUCUGGAGUCGGUCGAACCAGGAGAGGAUCCGCACGUCGGCAAGAGCGACAAGAGUGCUGUGUUGCUGUAGUUGGGGAGGAAUUUGUCAACCACGGUAUGGAGACCAGUAACUGCUUGUCAUUUGAUGAUUUGUAGAAGCGUAACAAGUUUCUGCGUCGUGCCCGCCGCAUGUUCUUCCCCGGAUGGACGCGCAGCAAGGGGGAGCUCUUCCCCAGCCAGAUCAUCCCGGACAGGAUCGUUAUUCGCACGGAAAUGGGCGACGUGGAUGGCGAGCAGCCCGGGAAGCGUGAAAUCAAGUACAUCUGCAACAUUGAUCCGUGCCUGGCUCACAAGAUUGGCGGUCCGCAAGGUUCGCGGCAAAUGCAUCAUCACCUGGUGAUGCAGCACGCGUCCCGCUUCGAUUUGGGCACCGACUUCUUCCACGCAUGCCCUGCCAAAGAGGUGUGUGAGGAAAUUGUGUUUGCCAGCGAUCACCAGCUGGAAUCUCACGUCAAAGCCAAGCACCCUGAGUUAUUGGGCUUAGGCAAAGAAUACUUUGAGAACGCCAAGAAGAAUCGGGAAGCGCUGGAGGACAAGAUUCCCUACGUCCGCAUCGGAGAGGCCCUCACCAACGGUCUGCACACUGACAAAGACAGCAAGCUGUGUCUGCAGCGUUACAGGUGCCCUGUCAAGACGUGCGACAAAGUCUUCCUGGGCGAGACCACGUCGGCGCGCAAGUACAUGGUCUGGCACGUGGGCGCCGACCACGAGGCCGACUGGAACGUGGCCGGGGAAGAGUGAUGCUCUGUGCUUCCGGAUGAACAACCUCCUCGGAUCGCGAAUCUGUGGACCGAGAAAAUUAUGUCGCAUUUCCGUUCCUAUCUAUAAUCUGUAAAUUUACUGUAGUAUUUGGUUUCUUUUUUUUUACGACAAAUAGACGGCUUUUCGCCCAUCUCGCAACGCUUUUUUCGCUGUUCGGUUCAUCGGCAACGGCUCAUGCAAGUCCUGCGUAUUUCCGGCUGUUUAGCUGAUUCCGUAAAUAUCGUAUGUACUCUGUAUCAUUGUAUUGUAAGUUGGUAACUAGUAACUGUUUUGUACGAGUAUAGGUGUAUUGCUGCAGAUAAAUCUAAGAUAUUAGUUUUACAAGCCCAGCACGGAUGAAUAUUGGCCGAUGACUAUUAAAAACUAAGUAA